AUGUCAGACAUCGAGCUUUUCCCGGACGAUAAUGAAUUCGACACCACGGGUCCUCCGGCGUCUUCAGUCGCCGUCCAGCACACCAGCGCUCCGCAGGACACCAUAAAGCUUUCAUUGGCCCAGAAGAAGUUUGCUCAGUGCCUGGGUGAGUUCAAAUUUGAGUACAUCGGCGAUGCUAAAACCGACGAUGAGAAGUGUAUUGAUGAAUCAUUGCAAGAAUUCUCCUCCUUUCUCAGAAACUUGGAAGACCAAAGAGAUCUUAUGAUGAGAAACAUCACAGAGACACUGAUGAAGCCUCUAGAAAAGUUUCGGAAAGAGCAUCUCGGCUCAGCAAAGGCAGAGAGAAAGAGGUACGAGAAGGAAACCGAGAAGUACUACAGCUCACUAGAGAAACUUUUGAGCAUGUCAGCAAAGAAGAAAGAGCCACAAUUACAGGAGGCGGACAUGUCGGUGGAAGCAACGAGACAGCACUUUCAGGAGUCGUCUCUGGAGUACGUUUGCAAGCUGCAGGAGAUACAGGAGAGGAAAAAGUUUGAGUGUGUUGAGCCUAUGCUGGCAUUCUUUCAGACUGUAUUUACUUUCUAUCAUCAGGGAUAUGAGUUGGCCAAAGACUUUGACCAUUAUAAAAAGGCCCUUCAAAUCAAUAUUCAGAAUACACGGAGUCGUUUUGAGGGCACGCGCUCUGAGGUGUACGAGUUAAUGAAGAGAAUCAAAGAGUCGCCACAGGAAUACAGACAGACCAGCCCCAUCAGCAGCGAGGGCUAUCUUUACGUACAGGAGAAACGACCUCCUCCUUUCGGAUCCAGCUGGGUGAAACGCUAUUGCACGUUUGUCAAAGAACAGAAAAUUCUACACAUGAAGACAUUUGACCAGAGAUCAGGCGGGAAGCUUGGUGAGACUGAAUCUGUUACAAUCAAGUCUCGUGUCCGCAAAACCACAGACACUCUUGACAGGAGGUUCUGCCUAGACAUAGAGAUCACAGAUCGACCAAGCGCAGUGCUGACGGUCCAGGCACUCUCAGAAGAUGACUACAGAUUCUGGAUGCAUGCGAUGGGUGGAAAGGAGUCGAUGCUGUAUCUCAACCGGACACAUUCAAGAGAAAGAGGAAUUGAUGCCCAGUUGGAUGAUGUGGGGAUAACCUUUGUGAAAAAUUCAAUAAAUGCCAUUGAAACCAGAGGUAUUAAUGAUCAGGGUCUGUACAGAGUGGUCGGGGUCAGUUCAAAAGUACAGAAGCUUCUCAGUUCGAUGAUUGAUGAGAAGAGUAGUGAAAUAGAUUUAGCAGCCAGUGAGGACUGGGAUGUCAAAACCAUCACCAGUGCUUUAAAACUUUACCUGAGGAGCCUUCCAGAGCCACUAAUGACAUACAAGCUUUAUAAGGAGUUCAUCGUCCCUGCAAAGAGCGCUACUCCAGAAUCUAGAGUUCAGGCCAUUCACUGUCUGGUUCAUAAACUGCCAGAGAGGAACAGAUUAGUGCUCAGUCUGGUUACCAAGCAUCUUGCCAAGUUAUCCACCACUAAAUUCCUCUUCCAUCCUCUCCAGCCCUCGCAAAAUGCUUUAGGAGUUGGCACAGUUGCAGACCCAUCAGAGAUGGAGAGGAAAAAGCGUAAUGUUGCCAUUUUAUCUGAAUUGGAAUUAGAGAGGCAUCGCUCUAAACAGACUAUAUUCGGGCAUGCUCCGAGCAGCUCUCCAUCCUUAGCAACUACAGCAUCAACCAGACAGUCCAAGAGGCUCAGCCGGCAGAAUCGCCCGCUGGCUGUAUACAACCCGCAGGUGCUGGAUAUUCAAACAGUCUCUCCAUCCUCUGAGAGUCCAGCCCUGGUUAAUGAUGAGACAUCAGUGGGCAGUAAUGAGUCGGUCUCCUCCCAGUUUUCAAACGCCUCUGGAACGCCUCCCAAGAAAUCUAAAAAUCAUCACGCCACCAUUAGCUCAUCCCUGCCAGAGACCACUGGGAUAUGUACUGCCAUAGCUUCAUGGAUGAAUUCUGCCUCCCCUGCCUCAGUUACACCGGUGAAACCUGGAUCUGUAGGAACUGAGAAGAAUAAACCUGAGGAAAGUGUCACCUUCAUGAAAGCAAAGGCUGUGUAUCCCUGUGAAGCUGAACACGAUUCCGAACUCUCUUUCCAGGUUGGCGCAAUCUUCCAUGACGUGACACUCUCCAGGGAGCCCGGAUGGCUGGAGGGCGUGCUGGAGGGAAAGCGAGGACUCAUCCCUAAAAACUAUGUGGAUAUACUGUAACUCCGAAAAGAACUAUCCUCACACUUCUCUUUAUAUACAUGGUAUCCAUGGUCUCGGCGGCUCUUUCACAGUGGCACUGCUUGUCGUUCCUCCUUCCUUCUCCACACUAAAUAUAUUGAGAGACACAGAUGUUGCUAGCACAGGAAUUAAGUUCAAGUAUAAGCUAAAAUGUGCUGUAUACAUACAAGAGACUGCACUUUUUAGAGUUUGGAAAUGUAAAUGUGUGGGAAAAUAUGCAUCCGUCAUUGUGACUUUGUUGUCCUCUUUUGUUUGUUUUUUGUUUGCUUUUUAAAUCGCAUGCCUCGUAAUUUUAGCCAAGUAGUUUGAGUUGUUUAGCAUUAGUAUACUCAAAGAUGCCUUGAGUAUCUUUGCAUUAAAUAUGAUCAAGUUGCAUUUAAUUGGGCAUGAUGAUGAUGUAUAAUGGUAAACAUGAGGAAACGUGUAACAAUAUGACAGUGCAGUGAACGUUGUCAAUUUGGAGGGAAAAAAAACAAAGUUUUGUGUCUUGGUUCAUUGGAACACUAGAUUGCUUAGAAAUGUAGUGCUUGUCGGUUAUUGAUAUUGAAAUUGGUAUGCGAUUAUUCAAUAUUUUGCAUUGAUUAAAACUGAUGCAGUGCCUUAAAUUUAUUACGCAUGGCAUGCGAGAUGCUGUUCAGUAACUCGAACAGAGCAUUUUUUUAUUUUUUUAUUUUUUUUGCUAUUCUGUAUAUAGGUUUUAAUGUUAUGUUGAAGAACAGAGACCGAUAAAUAAAAAGUAGCCCAUGCAAUGACGUAAAAUUAAAUAUUGCCAAGUCUUACAUCUGUGUUGUAUACAUAGCAUUAUUUUUGUGCAAAGAAACUUAAAAGCCAAGAGCUUUCCCUCUUUAAGUGGUUAAAAGUUUAUCACAUUCUUUUUGCAGAAACCCUGAAAAAUGGCAGGACUUAUUAAUGUUUCAUUUUUCUAAGAGCCCUUGUUCCACAGGUUCAUAUUUGUGACUGAGCGUUUCUGCGGUGAUUUAAGACUGUCAUUUAUGACCUCUGCAAUGGUCUUGGCAUUGAUAUCAUUUUGUUUUCCCAUGUUGAACUUGUUGAUCAAUGUUAAAUAAAGUA